GACAUGCGCACAUGUAGUAACACCUGGACUGAAUGAACACUUUGUGCGUUAGUGAAAUAAAAAAAAAUCAUUGGAAAUACACAGGAGUAUUGCAGCUGUUUUGAUAGCUUCUUAGGCCAAGUACUUGUCGUUUUGGCUUCAUCAUGCUCGCCAUUUUUCUGAUUGUUGCAUUCUUCAGCGCUACAGCGAAAUCAUCAUCGAUUCCAGUGUCAUCAUUUCAACGGUUAGAAGCAACACAUGGGGGGAACUGUCUCCAUGUUUUCUACAAAGUCUGUGACCCUCCAGAGGCAUGUAAAGUGGAGUUCACCGCGAAAUUUGAGGAUGGGUCUUCCACGGUAAAGACAUCCGCUGGAAAAAUGAAACCAACUAUCACCCCAGACAACAGCUCAUAUGUGUUUUGCAUGUAUGAUUUGACGUCAUCAAUAAAUGCAUCAUGCUGCAAAUAUAACCUGUCAAUGAUUCAAGGUUAUGGCAUAUCCAGGCAUGACUACAUAAGUUUCCAAGUAGAAAUGUGCAUAGUGCAAAGUAAUGUUUCAAGCUUUUGUGGAACUGGUGGAUGGCAGAAAUUCGUAGUACCAUCAAAGAAUCCAUGCUUGCUGGAGAAACCCUGCAGGAAUUUUGGAACCUGCUCGCCAGCCCCAAAUGACUAUAACUGCACGUGCCGUUCUGAUGGAUUAGUCACUGGCAAAAACUGUGAUGUUCCAAAGAAUUACAUUAAGCUGAGCAAUCAGUGUCUGAUGAGUAAUGAGAGCAUAGCGACGAAGAUUAACCAGACCAUCCUUGAGUGUGCCGCGGCCUGUGAUGUUGAUGCCAACUGCAAUUCUAUGGAGUUUACUCGCAUCUCUAGUGACAGUGACAUUGGCGACUGUGUUCUUAGAAAAGCAACCCGUUCUACCUCGGCAACCACUCAAUGUUUGUCAGACUACUUCGAGAUGAAGACUGGCGAGAAACCUACAGCAGAUGCUAGCAGGGGAACGGCUAGUGUACAGAUAAUCUUUGCUUUAAUAUCUCUUGGUCUUGGUUUCAGUGUCUAACCCCGUGGUUAGACUAGUGCUUCCAACCUAGGUUCGGUAAUUGGCUAACUGAGGUUGAAGUUUUAUGUUCGUAACCGCGACCGGAAACCUCAGUAGAUGUCAUCGAGAACAAAGGAAAUUCUACUGCAGCAGUAGAGUUCCGGCGAACCAUCCUACGACCCAUUAUGGUUCAUGGCCUCAACUUAGGUAAACGUGUAACGGUGUUAAAUUGUGUGUUUUGAUAAAAACCUAGUCGCUUUUCGUAACAAUUAUUUGACUUAUGAUGGUAAUUCUAGUGCGACUUUUGGUUUCAUCCCGAUUACAAGUUUAAAUGAUCUGUUGUUUUUAAACCUAAAUUUGUUUAAUAAAUAUUCGAGAACAAA